GUUCCCAGCAUGCUCGGGRUCCUCCUGCUGCUGGUCGCCUCCCUGAGUGCUCAGAACUCAAGCUGGGACAGCCCCUCUUGUACAGAGGGCGUGGUGUCCGUGCCCAGGGGCCAGCGGGCAGUGAUGGCCUGCAACAUCUCCAACGCCUUCUCCGGCAUCUCCAUCUGGCUGCGCGCCCACGGAAAGACCGUGACCAUCUUCAAGGAGCGGCCCCCGGGACUCUUCUCCAAGGAUGGCUGGACACUCCAUGUGCACGGAGGCCAGGCCCAGCUGGUGAUCACAGCCGCCCAGGACGCCCACGCGGGACAAUACGAGUGGCAUCUGCGAGGGCUCCAGAGAACCAACAGAGCCACGUAUCUGAACGUCUCAGGCACUGCCAGCCAGGUCCCAGGCUCAGAGAGGCUGCAAGCCAGGUCCCAGGCCACGCCCCAGUCCAUGGUGGGGGCGCUGGUUGCUGUCCUUCUCUUGAUCCUGGCAGUGGGCUCCCUUGGCUGGUGUUGGCGCCGACGUUCUCUGAAGUUGGUGCAG